AUGAAUGUCGAACCUCCCUCGGCCACCUCGAGUUCUGCCGGGUCGGGUGCACCACCCAGCCAACGCAAGGAAAGAGGUGCCAUCGCAGCGCAGGUAGGCCCACCCGAAAAUCCUGUUGCCUGCGAAACGUGCCGCAGUAGAAAACAGAAAUGUGACGAAGCCCGCCCGAAGUGUGGAACGUGUCAAAAGUUCAAACUCGACUGCCGGUAUAGGGAACCGCAGCCCACAAAAAAAGACAAAACGUUAUCUGAGAUUCUGGACCGUCUGAAGCUCAUCGAAGGAAAAGUUGACCAACUGGGGUUUCAGCAAGUGCAUCCUUCACCAUAUGAACCCUCGCAGCGCAGCCAAACCCGCCCUGCGCCUGCGCAGGCAGGCGGAGGCAGCGGGGACUCUGUACCAACGACAGCCUCCAUUCAGCCUUCAGGCCAAUCGAGUCCCACGCCGCAAAAGCCUCAGCCUUACAAGUAUGUUUCGGCCGUGCACAAGCUGAUGGCGUGGCCCGUAGUGCGCCAGGUUCUUGAUUCGGGACAGACUGAGAUUCCGAAUCUCCACGCCGUGAUCCAGGAUCGUGAUCCCCCCCUUGAACUCCUCGAACAGCAAAGAAGCCGGCGAAAGCUGGCCACUGAUGGGAUGGAGGGUCUCACGAUGGAUGAUAGAGCCUUGCUGGGCCUUCGAGUUGAUGCGCAUAGAAACCCAACGGUUGUCCGACUAUCAGACCUAGACUGGCCCACGGUGGAGAGUCUUUCAAAAGCCUAUUUCGACACAUUCAACUUCAUAUACCCGAUCAUGGACCGACAGGCUUUCAAUACGACCAUACUCACCUCUGUUGUCGAAAACGGGUUCAACGAGGGUGUGGCGUCGACCUUGGUUUGUCUGGUCUUUGCCCUUGGCGCGGUUGCCCUCGCAGACUCGCAAAACAUGCCGUUCAUGCGGUACAAGGGACAGAUGGGGAGACCGCCAGAUCGGGCAGCCGAUCGACCGCCGGGGCUGGCUUUCUUCAAUGAAGCGAGGAAAAGACUGGGCUUCUCCAUGGCAGAGUGCAGCCUGGAGAGCGUGCAGAUACACGCUCUGGCCGGACUGUACUACGAAAGCUGCUCGCGACAUCUGGAGUUUUGGCGGAUGACCAUUUCGGCUUCCAUGGCAUGCCAUGCCUUGAUAUCUGCAUACCUCAACCUGGAAUUGGAAAUCCCUCUGACGGGGCUCGACAAGCUGGAAGGCAAGGUUGGGCUUCCAGACUUUAGCGGUCCUUUUUGUGAAGCGGACUACCUGGGCAACCAAGAGUCGCGAUUCCAAGAGCACUUUGCAUCGCAAAUCGUCCUCCGACAACUGUCCGUGGGCUUCCACGACACAAUGAGAGAUGCCACCGGCCCCACAGCGGCGCCCAUGCCGUUCCCACCUCCCGACCGCCAGACUCAGCCGUCCGAAGGCUCAAACCCGGUGAUUACGACCAUCAACCACCUAGCAUACCAGUUAGAUCAGUGGCGUGCCUUGCUGCCCGUGCACCUGCGGUGGAGCGACGGCCAGGCCUCCGCUUUCUCAACGCCCAUACCUGACCUCUUCACUCAAGGUGGCAUGUACCCACCCCAACAGAUGCAGGCCAUGUUCACUGCCGACAUCUCGUCACCGUCGGCACCCUACCCUUACGCCACGGAUGUGCAAGUUGCCAUGCUCCGUACCCGGUAUUACUACACAAAGUACCUGCUCUACCGACCAGCCAUUUACAAGGCCCUCCACCAUACCAAUAUGCUCAGUACCGAUGACGCCAAGGCCGUUGCUGAGUGCUUGAAGGCCUCGCUUAAAUGGCCCAUCAUCAUGGCCCCCACCUGUCACCGGAAGCGACUUGUGCCUUGCCUGUUUUUCUGGACGCAAAACCUGCUUGGUGUCCUCAUCCUCUUGCACCUUUCACAGCAAGUGCCGGUCCUAUCCAACAUUCGGGCUCGCUUCUGCGACAACACCUUUGACAUGGAUGCCACCGAUACAGUUAACCUGUCGAUUGCCUGGAUUCGUGACCUCAAAGACGUUGACGCCACAGCCGAAUGGUGCUGGAACGUGCUUCGAGGCAUGUACCGCCUGGACGAUUAG